UGCUUCGGAUGCCGAAAGACAGGUCAUUCCGUUGGCAACUGCCCUGAGGCCAAGCAGAGUGGUCAGGACGAGUUGCCUUUUGCAAAGUGUUUUGUUUGCAAGGCACAGGGUCAUUUGUCUGGACAGUGCCCGGAAAACUCAAAGGGACUUUAUCCAAAUGGUGGUGGAUGUCGUUUCUGUGGAAAGGUCGACCAUUUGGCUAAGGAUUGU